AUGAUCGUAUCUCUGGGCGUCACCAUGCUCAUCUUUCUCGUCCCUCAAGAGCAGGUCACCCCUGCCUCCGCCAUGAUCCUAUCUGUUCCCCGGGCAUCUCUGCCGCGUCGACCAGUCUGCAGACCAAAGAACCAUAUGUCCAAGAUUGCUGGUUUGGUCGACGGCCCUCUGUACCAGCUAGUCUUCCUUCUUCGCCUCAAAUUCACAGAACAUCUGCUUUACGCCCAAAAAUUAUGCCUACCACUACAGUCCCCUUUAAUGGAAUCAGCAUCAUCACUAACACAAGCCAAACAACCAUCAACAAACCUUUCUCUCGUUCAGCUCUUUGAUGGGCCUAGUAAAAUUUGCCUGGACUCUGUUCCCGGAGCACCUCAGGCUCCUCGCAGGCGUCGACAUCCACAGGAUAUUCAUAACCAGAAAUCCCCACCUCCGGGCUGUGGCAGUGGGCCAUCUGCUAGCGACAGCCUGGCUCGUUUGACUGAGGAUCAGGUGCUUGCACGGCUGCUAGCCGUUGUUUCGUUCGGCCAACCUACCGACAAGUAUCGGCUACUGGAAAAAAUCGGACAAGGGGCUUCAGGAGUUGUGUCGAUGGGUUUUGAGAAAUCUACCGGCAAGCAUGUGGCCAUCAAGCAAAUGAGCCUACGCCAGCAGCCUAGGAAGGAGUUGAUUCUCAACGAGAUACUUGUAAUGCGGACGCAUAGUCAUCCAAAUCUUGUUAAUUAUCUCGACAGCUAUCUGGUUAGUCGCAUCCUCUAG